AUGCCUCCUAUCGGGGAUCUUCUGGCCCAGAUAACUGGAGAGCCAAGUCCCACUCAGUCGGCACAUCCAUCUUCACCCCCGAAGCGCAAAGCCGACGAUCAAAUCCGAAAGACAGUUGACAAGAUUCAGAGGACACAAGUGCCAGCAGCUGGCUCACCGCGCCCUAUAGCGCAAGCCAGCAGACCUGCUACAGUCGAUACAUCAAUGGCAAAGUUGAAGCUAGCUCAGAACCAUCAAAAGCAACCCCUCUCCCGCCCGUCAACAGCGACAACAUCCUUUAAGAAUGGGCAGCCUACACCACCUCCAACGAAUGAUGCUCCUAAAGCACCACCAAAGAAAGGAUCAUUUGCAGAGAUUAUGGCUAGAGGAAAAGCAGCACAGUCAACACUAGGUCAGGUUGGAAAGAUUCAGCACAAACGGAUUGAGAAGCAACCAAGCAAACGUGAGAGAGAGGAUGCGAAGGCGCAGAAGGCAUCGAAACUCCAGAAGAACUUGGCACCAGAUAGUAAAUUCAGUAAGAUGGGCCAGAAUCCUGUUCGGAAUGGCCAAAGCACAGGGAAAGAUGGUGGAAAGAAACGUCCGGAACCACUUCCUGAGAAGAAGGUCAAGAAGGCAGCUCUGGCCACGACUGGAUAUACUGGGACGUCGAGACCCAAGCCUGGUGGAGGAUCUUCGAGGCCCUCAGCCUCUUCUGCGUCGUCAAGAUAUGACAGAGGCCCUGACCGGGAUAGACAUCGCGGAGACAGAUAUGGUGCCCGCUACACCUACGCAAGUGAAGACGAGGAGGAUGAGGAGGAAGAAGAUGAGCCGGAUUACGAAUCAGAUCUUUCCGAUAUGGAAGCCGCCGCAUUUGAAGUAGACGAGGAAGAGGAGGAGGCUGCAAGGAUUGCUCGUCGUGAGGAUGCUUUGGCACUGGCCGAGGAGAACAGACUUAAGCGAGAGAAGGAAGAGAAGCGGAGACGACUGGCUGCCAUGGCGAAGUCUCGCCGCUGA